UUAGCAACAAAGUGUCCCUCGCGGUUCGGGGGCUGAGUGAAGUAGCUACUGGAGACCUAACAUUGACUUAUGAAGGGCGGCAGAGUAAAGCUACAGUAGCUGUUGCAAUGCAUAACGUGAGGCAGGCAUAAUUUGUGGGGUUUUACUGAACAGAUUUCAACGUAGGAGAGUCUUUGGCGCGAUGCUGGCUUCGGAAAACGGGGUGAGGAGAAGCACAGGUGUGGGGGGCGCCUCUAAGAUGGUCAGCGAGAAAUCGGGAGCCCCGGUUGUACGACAUGUCAUCACUGACAGCGAUCUGGGAACGCCUGAGGGCUCUUCUAUGAAGCCUGUAGAGCUCAGCCAAGUGAUCAAACUUAUAGAGGAUCCAUUUGCCAGUACGUUGAAGGAAAGACAUCUUUUUGUUCUGAAGAAAGUGGUGAAAAGAUACCAAAAUGGUUUUCUUCUUAAAGAUUUGGUGCAGAUAUUUAAAAUUCUAAAUCUCUGUGCUGAAAAAGCUAAGGAUCAUCCAGAAUACACUCAGAUAAUGUGUGGCUUAUUUAAAUUAUGUAGCUUGCCAUUCUUAAAAGAAAAGUCGACAGAUGAGACAAACUAUGCCCAGAUUGUGAAAGAAUCUAUCUCUCAGAUGGGUUAUAUGAUGAGAGUCCCCAUUGUCGAAGUUAGAUUGCAGAUCUGUGCCUCUAUAAUAUCAUUCUAUAAUCCAAAAAUGCCUAAAGACCAUGUUGAAGGUUUCCAACCCACCAGUCCAGCUUAUAAGGUGCAGAUGGCUGAGAAAAGUGGCGUCGCUGAAACACUGGUACUGUCUAUGGCUUUAUUGGAAGGUCAACCUGAAGUGAGGCUGCAAGUUCUCCGAGCGUUGCAGAUGCUUUCCCACUCUUCAGAAAUGAACUGUAGCCUGAUCCUCAAAGCUGGAGGUGCCAGUAAGAUAUGCUCUCAAAUGAAUGGCCAUGACCCCUCAGGACAGCUUCUGUUCCGUUCAUCUGAAAUAUUGUGGAAUCUGUUGGAAAAUGGCUGCAAAGAAGAAGUUACAUCUCAGCUAAGCAAUCUGGAUUGUAUAAUGGCUUUAAAAGAUGCAUUUUUGAAUCAGCUUUUAAAAGGCUUCCGACAAUAUGACCUGCAGCUUCGAAAUGAUUUGCUAGUGAUUAUAACAGUAGUUGCAGAAAAUCCUAAAGCUCCCAUAAUUGAAAGUGGAUUUGCAAAGCAGCUCAUAUUAUUUGCAACAUUUCCUGAAAUUAAGACUCACAACCCACUGGUCCGCAACCUGAAACUUUCUUUUAACAAUGAAGACUUUGAAAUGAAAAAGUUGUUUUUUAAUGCAAUUGCUGUCAUGUCAAGGGAUCUGUCUGCUGUGCAGCUGUUCAAUGAGUGUAAAGUGCUCCUGGCCCUGUUCCACCACAUCAAACCGAGUGAGAAGGCCGCAGCUUUGGAGUGGACUGCUGUCCAGCAGGAGGAGCUUCAGCUGCAGGCCCUGGCUACACUGGCAGCAGUCGCCCCUCUACUGCUAGAUGAUUACAUGACCUGUCAAGGAAGUACGCGCCUGCUACUAUUGCUAGAAUGGUGUGUUAGUGAAGAUGGCUACUUUGGACAUGGCAACAGUUUCCAUGGAAGUGGUGGGAAGGGUAGCAAAAAAGCCCAGAUGCGAUACUGCCUCAGACUUCUGAGAACCAUGACAUCUCUGGGUGAUGAGAUGGCAAAUCAGGACCUCUGUGAUCAAGGAGUAAUCAGCCAACUUGUGGGAAUUCUGAAGAAUAUGGCAGAUGCCACUGAAGAGGAUGACGCAUUAAUAAUAGAGAUUAAGACAGACAUGCUACUGAUUCUCUCAACACUUUGUGAAAAUGAUAUGCACAGAAAGGAAUUAUUUGGCUCUGAUGGAGUGGAAAUGACCACUCAGCUAUUAAAGAUGGACCCUACAAAGUUUCACUGUGGGCUUGGUCACAACAAGCUUAUUCUUUCCACAGUGGAUUGCAUCUGGUCUUGCAUUGUGGGGUGCUAUACCACAGAGGACUUGUUUUUAACAAAAGAAGGUAUCUUUCUCCUGCUAGAUUUGCUUCAUUCAAGUCCCAGAAAUAUGCAGAAUGUGAUCCUGGGGACAUUGCUUGAGUUUUGCGAUAAUCCCAAGAGUAUUUCACACAUCAACACGUGGCGGGGCGACAAGGACCUGACUGCCCCUGUGCUCCUGGUGCGUCUGUGGAGAACAGAGGAGAGUGAGCUGGGAGUGAGGCGGGAUGAGCAUGGAAGAGUUGUAGACGCCAAGAAACCUUUACUCUGCUACUACCAAGAAGAGGAACAGGUUGUGCCUUUGUCUGCUAACAGGCCAAGUGCAGCAGUGAUGGAAGUUUCUGAGAACAUGAGAGCAAAAAUUUAUUCCAUGUUUUGCAAACUCGGUUUUGAAGAUUUACCUGGAUUAACUACAGGAGAUUAUGUCACCCUUGCUAUCAUCAGUAGAUAUCUUGAUUUUAAGGUCGGAGAGGUCUGGAAUGAAAUCAGUAGAGAACUUGAGGUUGAACGAGUGAGACCUGUCACACCAGACAAAGUGGCUUUGGAAACGAUUGCAAAGUCUUCAGAAGACAUGGCCAAGACAGUGGCUGCCCUGCAGACCAGCAUGCUGGAGCACCAACAGCAGCAGGAUCUUCUGGAUGAGCAGCAGAUGUAUGCAGAGAUUCGCUCCAACCACAAGCAGCAAGACCUUGAUGUAAAGUCAUGGGAGGAUUUUGUUGCGAAGACAUCAAACCAUGCAGUCCUGAAGGUCGCAAAACAGCUUCAAGAGAAAUUCAUCGAGUCCUCUAAACUCAAGAUAAAACAUCAGGAUGCCAUUUUCCACCCAACACAGAUUACUGGUUUACAAACAACAAAUUUCUGUGGACGUUUGGUGACAGUGGAUAGCACUCCUACACACCUGACUGGGGGACCAUUAGCAAAGACCGACCUCGCACUGGAACGCGCCUCGAUCAGAGGAGGAGCCUUACAGAAAACCAAAGCUGCAAAAGAACUAAGUUACAGAUAGGUUCUGUACAUGAAAUACUCUAAAACUUAUCACAUCCUUUUUCUCAGGGGUCUACAUUCAAGCAACUCUUUUCUAAUCUAAUUUCCUGGUUUGUGUAACAACCCAUUGAAACUGUUAGCUCUAUGACGAUCAGCCUUCAUCUGCUUUCUCUAGAGAGAAAUCUGUUUUUCUGCUCAGUGGGCCAUAUUAGACUAAUGCUUGCUUGUGGUUCAUAUUUAAGCACUUUGACUUGUUACCGUAGCUGCAAAAAAUGAAGAGACUAGCAAAAACUAUACUAACACAGACAUUUUUGUAUAAAAAUGUGAUUUGAUAUGAAGGAGCUGUUUGAGUUUGGCACCAAUAAAGUAAUAAAAUAAAGACAUUCCUCUUACUAAUCAA